AUGAAGGAAUUCCCAGCAUCCACCCAGUGCAGGAGGACGUGGAUGUGGUGCGUUCUUGGCGGCUGUGGUCUUGCUCGUGCUUGGUGUGCGAUUCUCCUCGGACUCCUGCAUGCUCUUAUCAUGAUCACAAGAGUGCGCGCGCAAGUGCAAGGAGAGGAUGCUGCUAAUAAUAGCAGAGACGGUAGCGGUACUUCUACAUCAACUGCUGGUGGUACGACAAGUACCAGUAGGGCGAGUACUGU